AUGGAAUUUGGGAACACAGCACCGGAUUUUGAAGCAGAGGCUGUUUUCGAUCAGGAGUUUAUCAAGGUCAAACUAUCCGAAUAUAUUGGGAAAAAAUAUGUUGUCCUCUUUUUCUACCCUUUGGACUUCACAUUUGUUUGUCCGACAGAAAUCAUUGCUUUCAGCGACCGGCAUGCAGAGUUUGAGGAACUAGAUGCAGAGAUAUUGGGUGUUUCAGUUGACAGUGUGUUUUCGCAUCUUGCAUGGGUUCAAACUGAUAGAAAGUCAGGUGGUCUUGGCGACUUGAAGUAUCCUUUGAUUUCUAAUAUCACCAAAUCCAUCUCGAAAUCUUAUGGUGUUCUUAUUCCUGAUCAGGGGAUUGCGUUGAGAGGAUUGUUUAUUAUUGACAAGGAUGGGGUUAUUCAGCAUUCUACCAUUAACAACCUGGCAAUUGGUAGAAGUGUUGAUGAGACAAAGAGAACACUCCAGGCCUUGCAGUACGUGCAGGAGAACCCAGAUGAAGUUUGCCCUGCUGGAUGGAAGCCUGGUGAGAAGUCUAUGAAGCCGGACCCUAAACUUAGCAAGGAGUACUUUGCUGCGGUGUAG